AUAUUAUUUGAACACUGCUACAGAGCGACGGUUUGGCUAGUCGGCCCCGAUAGGCCAUAUGCAGCUGUGAAACCAUCUCACUUGCUUGAAAGGGCUUUUUUAAGCAGUAGGAGAGCUGGAAGAAGCACGCGGGGAAGCGGCUCGGCCGCGGCCGAGGGCAAGUGGCUCCGGGGCGCAUGCCGCUGGGAGCGCACGGUCCCGGUUGGCCAAAGUCAGCCUGCCUACAGAUGCGGUCCCGGGCACAGAGCUCGUAAAGUGGAGCUGCAAAGAGGGCUAUGUCUAUGGUGGGUGUGGGGUUGCCUCCAGCGGGCACGGGCGGGCACCGAGCAGACAAGUGGGACGUGGACAAAUGGUUCAAGGCGUUAAAGGUGGAGCUGAUAGCGAUAGACGACAGCAUGCUCGUGCGGCUGAGCGACCAGGAGUCAGCGGAACUGUUUGCGGAGUGCCCUCUCCCUGACGACGGCACGCCACUGACGACGGCGGUGGAGCCGGUGGUGGACAGCAGCCGCUACUUUGUGCUGCGGGUGGUGGACAAGGAGACCACGAAGCACGCCUUUAUCGGACUGGGCUUCAGGGAGCGCACUGACGCGUCUGGCUUCACGACGGGGCUGGACGAGUACCGGAAAUACCUGCUGCGGAAGAAGGAGGCGGAGGCAAUGAAGGCGGAGCACGAGGCGCAGGAAAACGGCGAGGGUGAAAGGCGCGAUUAUAGCUUGAAAUCGAACAUUGUCAUCCCCCUGAAGAUAGGCAGCAUGAAGCGGGACACUGAGGCCGUCGCCUCAACCAGCUCCAACGGCUCCAGCGCCAGCGCGGGGGCAGACGUGGCGACGCAGGGCGUGGCGGCGCUUAGGCUGGCGCCGCCGCCGCCACCCGGGCAGAAGGUUGCGCCCACAGCGACCGCGACUGACGCCCCCAAGCCAGCUUUGACAGCCGCGGGCGGCGGCGCGCCUGCCGCUGGAGAUGCGGAUGACGAGUGGGGCGACUUCGCAACGGCUUAAGGAGCGGGGGCCCCAAGCCCGCGGGGCCGGGUGCUGACGUGUCGGGUAGGGGUCGUGACGCUGAAGCGUGCGUUGUGAGAGGUGGGUUGUCCAUAAUGUGGGCGCAUAAGGCAUGCGUGUGUGUACAAAUGGUUUCAGGAUCAUAUAUGUCGAUACUGAUGGUGCUGGGAAGGUGGCGAUGAGAUGAUGGAGGGAUGGUAGUGGUCAUGCCGCAAGCGAUGUUGCUGAAUUGCAACUGUUCUUACGGGUUGGUGACGGUUUCCGCUGCGCGCGGGGUAGCUUGUGGCAUCUGGACACCCAUGCUACACUGUGAUGAAGCAGCACAGGGCCUGGAGCUAUCCUCCAGGGGUUGUACGCGAGUAGUCAAUGGCCGUGGAGAGGAAAGAGUGCCUGCUUCUUGAGCACUAGCGCAUGCCUAUCAACGUACUGUAAGGUACCGGUAAA